AUGUCGGCUCCCCUUCAGGGAUUCUUGGUCGACGCCCCCGUGGUCCUGAUCGUCAGAGCGGCAUUCCCAGCCGUUGUGUGGCGCGGCGAGGGUCAGGAGUUGUUGCGGCGGGCUAUAAACCAGUUGCCACACCCGGGAGUGGUAUUGUCGCUUGCCGGAAUCGCGGGGGUGGACGAUUUAUCAUGGACCAAUGUGCUUGGCGUCGAUGUUCAUGGGACGCCGCACAUGGGCCUCUUCCCGGACGUGUCUAGGAUCAAUCAUGCCUACAAGGGCAUCUCUCCCGGCGAGGAGAUCAGCAUCAGCUACAUCGGAUGGGGCGAGGCAUACCGGAGCCGACCGAGGCGCAGCCGGAGCCCAUGUUCGUCACCCGCCGCGAUGGACGCCUCCGACAUCCAGUGGGAUAGAACUGCUGCCACUCGAAGGGCCUUGGCAGAAGACGACUUGGUAUCGAAUCAAGUUGCCGUGCUGGCGCAGCAGCUCGUACGACUUCUGGAGACCGGAGACCUGGCUCUUAAGCCGGGGGGACAACUAGGAGCUAUUGGCGUUUGUCUACAGGGAGUUGGACACAUCACGAGCGCGGGGAGACACGCAAACCUGGCAUUAGAAAACUGCAUCGAGUACGCUGGAGUCGAACAUGAAGGUCUUUGGGCCAUACGCGCGUUUUUGGAAGAGCUGAAGAUGCGAACCAUGCAGACGGGAUAA